AUGAAUGAGUCGGAACAGAAAAAAAUAGUAUUAAAAUUUAUCAUGGAGGACGACAAAGCAGAGAAAAGGGCCAUGAAGGCCAUUGGAGGAUUCGAAGAGGCAGACGUAGACUCAGUCGCUGUGACAUGCAAGCUCAGAAAAAUUGCGGCCACAGAAUUAUUGAGCGUUGGUCCUGGUGAGGAAGAGAUAGAAGAAGCUGAAGCAGAGCAGCCAAAAGAAGAGGAAGCUGAAGACAAGAAGCCAAAAAAGGAGAAACUAGAGAAACCUGAAGACAAGGAGACGAAAGAAGGAAAUCCAGUAGAGGCUACACCACCACUUACAUGUUUUCAUGACUCACCCAUUUAUUACUCCAAUUGCCCUCAUGUUAGAGAUGAAUAUCCCAGCACCUGCACUAUCCUUUGA